CCUAGACACAAGAGUUCCAUUGCCACUAACACAAAAGGUUGUGGACAUCGAAGUCCGCCUGUGUUUUGCUAAGUAAAAGUGUAAUUAUUUUCUGGAUAUUAUAGCUUGCGUGUAAAAUGCUUGGAGUUCCUGCAGGGUAUUUUAUAAUUAUUGACACUGACGUUUUUAAACUAGGUCAAAAUUCGUAAAACAUUUCACCGUCAAUUUUAGAGUUAUUCUGUUUUUUAAUAAAACGGAUUUAGUUUCUGGUUAUGAAGUGGUCGUUUAAAAAAUCGGAUGAAGAAAGUAGGUAAACAGAGUACAUACAUUUACAAAGUCAUUCGGGACAUUUUCAGCCGAGCGAUUUAUUAUCCAGAUAUCCGCAAAUAUCCAGAGCUCAGCUUUUUGAAAAUGACGAUUGAGGGGAGUAACAUUUGACAUACCGUAGUGGGCAUCUUGAGAUUGUUAAAAAUUUCGACACGACUUUAAAUGACACAAACAUGACAAUACCUGUAAGACAGAUGAAAAACUGCCUUCCUGUAUCAUAACUGCCCUCUUCAAUAAGAUUUAUUUCGUAAAUUGGUAGAAAAUAUUCCGUUGAAAGUUAAAAGUAAAUGUGUAUAGUCAGUUGUUUUGUUUCGUCUGUGAGAAAGGUCAGGCUCCUGAUAAGGAGCAACAGCGUCUUCUAUCUACUGGUAGUCAAGGCGAUGUUGUCUCAAAAAUCCAGAAGGUUGAGUAAGACGUACCGCAUGUGAUCCGCGGUGGAGAGCAAAGGGAAACCUACUCGAAACAGCCAAAAGCAUAAUUCUAUGAGAUCUCACAGGCCUGCACAGUCAGGAAACUGAGUGUGUCCAGUUUUUUCCAACCUUAUUAUAUAGGCAAAUGGAAGUAAGACUAGGUAAUACGAAUUUACUCAAAUAUUCUGUGGAAAAUAUUUUCGCAAUCAAAGUGGUUUGCAAAGUGGAAGCGAUACACACCUGUAUUCCAAAAACGGGAUUUAAUGCUCCGUGAAGCGUUAAUUGCCGAAAAGAUGAAAACACAGUCGGCGACAUGGUUUCUGAGGACAAAUAGGCGAGACAUGACGGUUUCUGGCUCAUUAAUCUGAACCGAGAGUUUAGAAGAAUUACACGAUUAUGCACUGGUUUUGUGCAAACGUCAUCCUGCAUCAACGUAAAUGUGGCUCUGUGUGCAGUUAGCUACAUCGUCGGACUAUAUAAAAAGGGCAGUGUACAUGCUUCCUGGACUUUUAGUUUAAAACCAACAAAGUGAAUCGCCGCUGUGUCAACUACAGCAGACAUUAGAGCUUUUUUCGCCGAGACUAUGGGAGAUAAAGCCAGCUUCCGCAGGGAUCUCAUCUUCGGGUACGGAUACCUUGACUGAUUCAUGUAAAAACGCCACAUUAUGGAUAAAAAGUCAAUAUAAAUAUUACUUCUUAAGAAACCCAGAACAAUCAGCUUGGCAUUUCAGGUUAGCCGUGCACAUUACGCAAAUGAGCGUACAUUUAAUAGUCCGAUUGAACGAACAUCUUCGGGUACGCACAUUCAAAAUCAUGUCAAGGCGCCUCAUUAAAUUUAAUGUUUCUACAAAUUUCGUAUCAUCGUUUUUAGAUGCCAACUUAUCUCAGAGAUUCCACCUUUUAUUGAUGCCACUAAUACCAGCAUGAAUUGUGGUGUGCUGUUUAAGUGCAACUCAGGACACAGAAUUACAGAGAUUAAAUUUAUACUAAAGCACACCAACAGGUGCAGCAGUAAAAACCAAAAGGUGACUUCGUCAUACUGCCACGCGAGAUGUCUACAAGCAGGUAUUCAACUACGUGUCUUUAUGCUCUAGUAAAUUUGCUGAGAGAAACCCCUCAACUAAACGUGAAUACGUACUUCAUUUUGCAAUCACGGCAUCUCUUAUUUUCUCUCUUAUUCUGGAGAAGUUCACGGUUCUGGGGGGCAUAUGGUUCCGAAAAGUGCGUUUACCUUAAAUUACCAUCGGAUCAGUGUUUUUUAAAAGAAGGGUCGAAGAACGACCCACGUAUGGAGUUUAGAUACUUUUCAAUUAUUAGACGCUUUGGUUUUAGGAGCUUUUUGUAGAUGCCGACAGUUUGAUGUAUGAAACUUGGAAAAGACAAUAGUAGCGAGGUUUUACUCCCUUUUCUGACCUUUAAAGUUCACAUGAUUCAGAGAUUUCAGUAGGCCUUCAGAAGCUAAAAUAAUAAGUAUAAUAAGCAUGGCAGUCCUACAGUUUUCAAAAGUUGACUUCGAAUUGAUGAUAGUGGACGCGACAUCAGUCAACUCAAGCGACCGAGGGGAAGCCAGGACGGGAGUUACUGUUGCUUUUAACGGGAAUGAGUAAUUCACCCGCCUACAUCAGAAUAAAUCCCCAAUUAUGACAUCUCACAGGUUUAGGUGUUAAUAGAACGAACUAUUUUUUAAUGCUGCUGUACUCUAGCUAAUUUGUGAUCCAGGGUUGUUAUUGGCGGAAAAGACUUGAUUGACAGUUCCCUUUUCAGGUCAAAUUCCUUCUGCGCUUGUGAAAUCACUUGUCUGUCAAUUGGUAGGCUAACGUGGUGAAUUUUAUUUUCUUCUCCAUAGAGCUCCGUCGAGAACUUGGUGAUCGAGUUGUGUUGAAACUCGCGAAGACUGAUGGGAAAGGAAGCCGAGUUAUUCAACUUGACAAUAAAAAAUACACCAUCCCAUAUCCAAAUGUUCUGAUUCGCCGUGCUAUUGACGAUUUUCUACUGCCUGGUAACGCUCAUAAAAGGACAUUUUAGACUUAGACAUGUGCGAGUUAGGUCGGUGCAGAGGCAUCCUUCCAGGUACAAUUUAUCGCAAUGGAAAAUCAGAUAUGAUUUUAACUUAUCAUGGUUCGCAAACAGUCACGGUUUUCAUGAUAGAGCAACGUGUCCCUACUUUUCACACAAGUCAGGUUGCAAUGGUCCCUACUUAGAGUGGUCUAUAGGACAUUCUCACUCAGCCGAUGCAAACGUUCUCGUUUACUUUCGUUCACUGGAAAGAGUAAAGUGGAUAUGGCUGCAGUUUGUUUCGCUAUAAACAAAUACUCGCGUAAGACUUCAGUGCGCCCUCUCACGUAUGGUGAUGAGCCCUAACAUUCAGAGACAGUUUUGCCCAAAAUUCCUUAUCUUGGCUGCCAGUAAUUACAACCGCACUCCUCUUCCGGCAUUGAAUUCUAAACUUGAUCACCAACAUACCGAUUGUUCUCCGAAAAAUGAAGGAGGCUCAUUAUGGAUAGAAACUAUGCCAAAUACAUAUAUCUAAUUUUUGUCAUUUUACACUUUUAGGAUUGCAGCCUCACGGCCGAUGAUAUCGAAUAUCUGGUGUUCAACUGGCGACCGCUUCCGUGUCUGUAUGAGCUGAACAUCGCCCGUAAUAAUCUGGCUAGCGUACCCCAAAUCACAAUGGCGCAGCUCUUCUGGCGGACAUGCUUCAGUCAAACAGGCCGGCUGGCCUGCCUUUCCUUGGCAUACACCUGCAUGUCUUUCGACCAGCUGACCUGGAUACUGAAAAUCCUGACGCGAGAAAUCAAACCGAGGGUCAGUUUCCUCUGUUUGCUUACCCGACUUUAAUGGCGAUGUAGGCUCGAAAUGGAUAGCCUUUUUGAAUUAUGACUUAACUGGACCAUGAUAAAAAACCUUUAGAAUAAAGAUCGGAUUCGACAACAAUUUCAGAUGAUAUAAGUUCAGCUGAACACGUCUUCCCACAACUGGAUGAUCGGAGACGUAGAGGGGGCGCCGUUUAAACGUCGUGAAACUCCGGGGUCGGGAGGCGAUCAGGUGAGGUCAUAUUGGCAGACUCACUGUAAGGAUCAAGGGCAUAGGGGACAGGAUUCGGCGUCGACAGGCUCAAGGUCCGGACAGAAAUUUUUGCACGUAACGUACAGGAUUUUGUAGAAACAUGGUGAUCGCCAUCGCGGGUUGGCGAUGCCUCAACAGCUUUAAUCAGUCUGCUGGUACCUUGUUAAGUAAACACAAAUGUUUUUAACGUCUGCUGGAUGGCCACUAGGCACAGGAUGGGCGAUGAUAGUGUUUGAGAUUAACUUGAUCGCGUCCGGACCAAUCCAUAUCGGGCAAUCAUCAUGCAUCCCUUUAUACAGACGCUUUAUCCUUCGACUCAUAUAGCCUGUUUAACAGGAGGAAGUAAGUGAGCAGAUGCACACGGAUGAGGUUGGGAUGACAGCCUUCCCUUACCUUCGGGGAGAAGUGGGCUAAUAGGGAGAACCACAGUGUACGCAAGCUGUAUAUCUCGAAUUCGAAUAGCGAAUGGAGGAUUCAUUCACUGCGUUCCCCCAAAAUGGAAUUUUACAGAACAGCUCUUUGUUUCCGAAUUUGGCUCUACUAAAUCAAUAGGCCCGAAGAUGGUUAAACAAGAACAUACCCUUUUUCGGUUUGAUUGCUUUUAAUUUUGAUAAUAACUUUCUUGAACCUAUUAUAUGAGGGCAUCCUGCGUCUUCAUAUUUGAACUUCAGGCAUGACAAGCAGGCGUCUAUACCAACUAAACCUCGAGCAUACCACAUAAUCUGUAUGGUGCCUUAGGGCUCUCUCUCGAUGCCAACCGGCAGCCGCACAGCGGCGCGUAACAUGGGCAGAAAUUACUGACAAAGACAAUGGAGAAUGGAAUGGCCAGAAGAAGAAGCGACCGCUGGAACAAUGGCUUUAUUCGCCUGACGUUUCGGAUUCUCUCUUGAAUCCAUCAUCAGAGACAGUUGCAGAAAGGGGUGGCUAGUGUACAGGAAGUCGCAGUAGUUGCUGGAACUCGCAUCUUCGCUUGUAUCGGCAAUGGAAUGGCCGUUUAUGACUUGUGAGCCGUCGUCAGCCAGCCAUACUCAACCCCGAAGUGUAGAACACCUGGGGCUCGAUCCUGCGACCUUUUGGCUAGAGGUCUAACCGACAGGACAAUGAACCCGUGGCUCAAUAGUUAGGGACGUUUGACUUCUAACCAACAGGUCGCUGGAUCGAGUCCCAGGUGUUCCAUACCUCGGGGUUGAGUAUGCUUGGCUGGCGACGGCCGACAAGCCAUAAAUGACCAUUCUAGUCUCCUUGUCGGUAAUGCUAUUCUACAUUACCAGUAGGCACAAACCCUUUUGUCGUCCUUUAACCAUCUCAGCAGAAAAAUUAUUUUUGCAGUGUCAACGUCUCAUCCAAAUACCCCGAGGCACUCUGUGGUUUCACGACGAAAUUUGCAGGGCGUUCAGCGGUGUUAACUGUCGAGAAGAGAAACGACAGAGAAUGCGGGUGCAUUGAUGCAGUACUGUUCCUGACUUAUUCUACCUUCAUCCAGUCAAUCAUAAACCUGACCACCAGCUGGGACCAAAAACACGAACAUGUGCUCGUACACGGCGCAGAUGAUUCACAGACGGAGCGACGGGGAAUGGCAGGUAGCGGGACACUGAGGAAAUUCAGUCCGAUUAAGUGCCUAUGAUCCAUCUGCCAGACCUCGUCUGUAGAUUAUCUGCAUCAUGUACGAGCGCGUGUUUGUUUUUGGUCCCAAUUAUUGGUCAGGUUUAUGACUGACUGAAGGAAGGCAGAAUAAACCCAAAACAGUACUGCAUCAGUCAACCCCCAUUCUCUGUGGUUCCUUCCCCCUGCUAUUCCAACUUGCCCGACUUCGACCUGCUAGUUGGUUUUUCGUUCGUAACCUUUGCAACCUAUACGGAAUUUGCUUGCUUCGGGCAGCCAAUCGUUUGGUGGGCGCUCAUUCCGGAUUGACGUAAACUAUGUUGAAUAUUGUGUAGCCUUACAAAUUAACUUGUUAAGUUCAUAUCUAAACCACACUUCAGUCUUCUCGAAAGUUCCGGCUUGUUUCCACUUUUCUUUAAUUAAGGUUUUUUAUAGAGGUCGGUUGCGCUGUCCUGGUCCCAAGUGUGGGCGCAAUGUGGGCAUUGCUAGCAAAGCAAGCCGAUGGAGGGCGCUGAAAUCGUUAGUAGCAAAGUAGCCAAGGCUAAAAACGGGAAAGGACAACCUGAUGUCUCGGGUUGGAAAUAUGGUCUGGGUUAGUGUCAGGCUGAGAAUUGAGUAUAGGGUUAGGGUUUGCGCUAAGUUUAAGGGUCCCGGUCAGAGUUAGGGUUUGGAUUGCGGUUUGGGUUUACGUUUAGUGUUGAGGUUGGGAUUGGGGUUAGAGUAGGGUUAUGGUUAAUGUUAGGGUUAGGGUUAGAGUUUGUGGUAGGUUUGGGGUUAGGUUUAGUGUUUAGUUUAUGGUUAGCGUUAAGUUUAUGAUUAAGCUAAGGAUUAGGUUUAGUUUUCAGGUUAUGUUUAGGUUUAUCGUUAGGUUUGGUGUAUUGCUGUCCGGCGUGUCCUGUCAGUCAGGUCUUUUGGUGGGAUUCUGGGCUGCCUUCAGCUUGCGACAGAUUUGUCGUUUAUCAGAUUACCUUUUUCCAUUUCACUCUCGGCUAUUUUCCCACUAACGAUUUCAGCAUCCCCCUUCCACUUACUUUACUUUCAAUGCCCACAUUACGCUUUUACUUGGGACCAGGAUAGCAUAACUGACACUUACCCAGUUUUUAUUUCUGAAGGCUAAUGCACCGAAAUUAAGGAGUUCUAUUUCUUAAACGGUUUUGGCUUUCUCCAGAAUUUAUAACCUCUCAUUACUUAUCUUCGAAAAGCAUUGAUUUACUGCCAAUAGUUAACAGAAGAAGCCUGGAUAGCAAUAAUUAAUACUGCUUAUAAAGGACAAGUGGAACGUAAAUGUAUCUGAUUUAUGAAUAGCUCACCCACUGUCACAAUUAUUCAGUCUCUUAGGACCAGACCUGUCUACUUCAGUCUACGUGUCAUAGUGUAGAACCUUAUCAACGACGCCUUAAAAAGCUAAAAAACAGUAGCCCAAAGCACAUCAAACAUGUAAGGAGAUUCAAAUGAAUAUCAAAAAAAACAAUUAACUACAAUAAGACACAAAACUCGGCAGAAUGAAAACUGUUGCGGAGCACUCUUUUGCACCCUGCUGGACUCUCGAUAGUUCUCAGUUAGAAUCAUGCUGGGAGAGCAUAACUCUUUGCCUUCACAAAGGCCCAAAAUUAUAGUAUGCCUCGAGGAAACGAUGGAGGAAUAUCGCCAACUCAUGGCAUGGACAUCAGAAUAUUUCUAUUCACAAAAGCGUGAGGAAACGCAUGAGAAGAUAGAUGUAUGAAACUAUCAGGUUCCCAGUUUUGGUUAGCCGGUCACAUCGAAUAUGCCUAGAUGUCAGUCCUUUUUUCAUUGUUCUUGUUGACAGUUCUCCCGAUAGUUCAUUAAAACGACAGCAGUCAAAAGAAUAAUGAUACCGUGAAUCAUGUCACCCUGCAAUCGAAGGGAGUAAUCUCUGGUCCAAAACAGGGAAAUCGACUUUUAAUUUAGAAACUAGAGACACCUCUUCUGCUUUCCGUCUGUUCAUAGCCCGGUGGGUUGCAUCGUAUCAGAUUAAGUCGAUCGUAGUCAUAUUUACCAUAGCAACUAAUUUCGAAUGUCCGAAUGCGUUCGACAGCUCCGAUUACGAAACCUAGUCUUCCACGCCUUUACUGCUAAAGGCGGUUAGAUGCACACACAAGGAAGAGUAUCCUUGAUAAAAGGACAAUGAAAAUAAAAUUAAAAUACCUUCAGAAUAUACAUGUGUGGUAGAAGUUAAGAGACAAAAUUUAUUUCAAAUGCCAGAUGCCUGGCAGAAUUUCAGGUAUACAAUAUGUACUACAUCUUCCCUGCGCAGCGUAACUUCACCAGCAAAUUCUUUUCGUCGUUUUCCCCAAUAAGGAUAUCAUCCCAGUCGAAAUAACGACAAGUUCGCUUUCGUCCGACGACUCGGAUGUUGAAUGUGUCUCAUCUAAUUGUACUCUGAGGGUGCUGUGCCUACAGAAUUUCGUUCCACCCACCGAAGAGGUCGGCCGUGUUCUCCUGCACCUGGCGGUCGCCCUACCCAGGCUCCGCUUCUUCCACCUCUAUCCUGCUUUCUAUGCCUUCCCGGGUGCAAAUGAGAAGGAACAACAGAGAAAUCGUUCACAAGAAAUUGCGCAGAGUAAUUCUUACAUUCGACGUCGCGGGUGUAAUCACCUGCAGGUACGGUAAAAAGCCUGAAUUCGGCCCUCGGUGCCUUUUUUCAUCCGUUUACCAAAGUUGGAUUUUGAGCAUUGUCCAGAUUUCCUGGAGCAGAGUUUCUGCAUCCUUUUUUUUACGUCAUUUACUCAUUCACUCGUUGGAGCGGUCAAUUUUUUGGCAUAAAUGCAUGUCCCUUUCUCAAGGACAACUUCCAUUUUGUACUUCAAAUGGCGAAUUAUUUGUACAAUAUCUUUGUAUACCAGACCUACUUGGCAUGUAUUCUUUAUGAACUGCGGAUCUGCAAAGGCCUUUGCGAUGUGUCCUCACCUGAUCGGUCAAGCAGCAAUAGAUCAAGUAAGUGACAUUCCACACAAUACUACAACCCCCGCUUUAAAGAAGCAUGAUAUUCGUGCGCGCAAAGGUCAACUUCGCACGCAAAAUCCAGCGCAGAAACCUCCGUUUGCCAGCUUUAUCUGCUGCAGGAGGUGAGGGGAGGGAGGACUGAGGCUCAUGCUAGACGAUCUUACUGCGCCAAAAUAAAGUUGACGCGUCUCUGGGCUAUCACUGCGAGUAAAAAGUCAUGACUCAUAUGGAAUAAGAGAUCAGCAGGUAUGCGGCACGCGUUUUGUGAGAUUUAUGCUGGGCCGAGUAACGCGUCCGCUGCCAUCUUUCGUCAUUUUGGUCUUAAGUUGUCAUUUGAGCGUGAAGGCUAUUGGGGAGGAUGGUGAUUUAAGUGCCGCAAGAGUUUUUUUUGCCUUAAUUCAAAUCAUGGCCGUCUCUGCAGAUGGCGAUAGUCUUCGUAGAGUAACAUUGACGAACUGCCCGGCUUGGCUAGUGCUGGUCUCAGUUACCUAGGCAAGCCGGCGUGUCGUUGUGUUGGCGCAGUUAUUUUCAACUAUUUUUUGGUCUGGGGAUGCCGUUGAUUAGCUUUGCUUAGAUGAUUUUUAGUCGACCAUGGUAUCUCUAAUUUGAACAAGAUUUCCGCAAGUAACUGCGCUACUUCCUCCAGAUGGAGUAGGAUUUGUCAAAAAGGUAUGCGAGAUCUUCGCAGGAAGUAUGACGCUAGGCUGAUGUAGUUCGUUUGGUUGACCAUUUUCCAAGUCACCAAGACACAAUGAAUUGCUCUGUAAGCUGUUGGAAAGAGGGGUUUACCCUCCAUUUCGUCAUGCAGUCUUACAAGUUCCAGCGAAUAAUUACUCCUCAUGCAGACUUUUGAGACAGCAUAUGAGUAUUGCACCCAUACGAAGCCUAGUAAGGCCUGUUUUUCGAUCUCAGCAUGCGUGGUAACCUUUUGUGGCAGUGGCCUUUGUGUUUCUCAGAGUCUGCCUACGUGAUUUAGCAGGCAGCGCCGAAUGAAAUAAGAUGGAAUUAACAAUGUAGAUAUAUUGCGAUGCACUGUACUGGAUCAGACUAUCAGUAAAGAAGUUGAUAUUUUCUGCCAUUAAAAAAAACCAUCAACGACCUCUCUAUUCUAGUGAAUUUGUCAAAGUCAUUACGAACUGAUUUACGCUGCUGUAUAUAGGCUGAAUUGUGCGCAUCGCAGCAGAGCACCAUUGAAAUAUCCUUACUCUGACAGGUUUCUGCCAGUUUUCGCGAAUACGAUAAAAAGAUAAGCCCCGGAAUUCAAAUCUGUUAUCUGACGCUUCGCGUUACGAUUUCAACUACACACCUUCAAGAUCUGAAGUGCCUCAUGCAUCGCCCCUGCUGUAGGGACGAACGACCCACGUGUGCCAGCGUGCCUACUGAGUGCAAAUGAUCGCUGGGUUCGGGCGUGAAUGAGUCAUGCGAUAUCAUUAAGGCGGGUCGUGCGCAGCGAUAACCGUUGGUCUUGAGUGAUUUCACCGUGGGAGACGUUUUCAUAUCAGGUAGUGGCAAACCAAUAAAGCGGUCGCUUGGCGAUGUCGACCACCGUGUGCCCUAGGGAGUGGGCGCAGAGCUGAUGACUUACGCGUGACUUAUUGCAGCGAGGCAUACUUACGCCACAUCUACCGCACUGGCUUCUCGAUUACUCACCAUGCUCAGCUAGCAAGACAAUGCCAAGACGACUAGAAGUGGGCUCGGGCGUAGUGGUUGACAAACAGUUCAUCCGCGUGUGCCGCACAUGACCUCGUCUGAAGGCGAAGUUUCGAGUUCAAGGUGUAUGCAUAAGUGCAGUAGGGUCGAGCACCGGAACACUUUGUUUACUGUCCUGAACUUUCAGACUCGUGCAGGAGUCCAUCGUCAGAGGUAGUAGCAGCAACAGAACAAGCGACAGUUAUAGGGCGUGUAGGCCAAUCAUCGACCGGCGGUGCAAGACUGGAGGUGGCUGUGCAGGCCUCUGUACGCCGGCGCCAGAUCGAUAAAUCGCGUGACUGAGUUCUCAUCCGAGGCUCAGGCUUCAAUCAAUGCUCGGCCUGUUUUGUGUCCGGCGUUGGCGACUAUUUUGGUGGCUGCGAAGUUAAACUCGUGAUCCAUUUCGUAGGUGUGGGCGGCCAUUUGUGAUACUGCGUCGCCUCGUCGCACAGCCAGCUUAUGUUCGUGUAUGCGCGAUCCGAGCAUGCGUCCAGUCUGGCCCGUGUACUUACAAUGACAGUUUUGACAAGGGAUGCGAUACACUACUCCAGAUUGUUCUUCAGGCUUUAACCGGUAUUUAAUUUUCAUGACCCUAUUGCGCAUGGUGGCUUUGGGACGGUGUGCAAUUCCAACACCUAGCUCCGCAGCAAUGCGCUCUGUCGCUUCUGAAACACCCUUGACAUAUGGCAGAGAAUGCCAUAUCGUCGGUGGUGUUGAUGUUUGAGUCCUCUGGGGGCGAACAGGUAGGCAGCGACUUAUGAAUGUCCUCGGAUAGCCGUUUUGCACAAACUGGUCGCGGAGAUAACGGGUCUCACGUGCUCUGUCCUCCGGUUUGCUGUAAUGAGUUUGAAUUCGUUUGAAGAGCGUCUUCACACAGCUUCGUUUGUGAGCCACCGGAUGGUUGCUUUGAAAACUCAGAAGCUGCGUGGUGUUCGUUGCCUUCUUAUAAACCGUCGUUUCAGGUUCACCGUUAAGGUUUCGUCUGACGAGCACAUCCCAGGCAACUGCUGUGCCUGUUCUGCUUCGUAAAUUUUAUAUCAGGGAAGACUGUGUUGAGCAGACUGUGGAAAUGUUGCAGCAUGUCCUUCUUUACGAUGACAAACGUGCCGUCUAUGUAACGGCGCCAAAAUACCGGCUCACGUUGGAUGAAGGCAAUCUUUUCUAACUCCUGUGGGACCAGUUCUGCCAAUAAACCGGAGACCGGUGAGCCCGUUGGAGUUCCCUUGAUUUAUUCAUAGAUCUCUCCAGCAAAGGUUAAGAAAGUUUGUUGGCAGAAUUCAAACAGCCUCAUGAUGUGUUCCAUUUUGAGUGUAUUCUGAGUCUCGUCGUAUGCCUCUUCAAGUCUGUGGCGCAAGACCUUGCAGACCAAGUUUGGUAGGAUGGAUGUGAAUAACGACGUCACGUCGAAGGAGAACAUGAUCUCACCCGAUUGAACCCUCCAACCUCGGAGGUCUAUGAGGAAUUGAGAGACUGAUCGGACUGAAGUAGUCGAAUCACCUUGGAGGAACUUCAGUUUUGAGUACAUCCACUUUGCCAAAUUAUAGGUAUGGUUGCCUUUUAGAACAACGAUUGGCCGCAGUAAGACAAUUACUUCAUGGAUUUUCGGCAGGCCAUAGAAUCUAGCUAGAGCAGUGUCAGUUGCCUUCAUUUGGGGCCAUUCGUUCUCCGUGAUCACGUUUUUAUGUCGGUAUUCUCCAAGCAGUUUACUCAGCCGAUCUGCCACAGCUGUGGCUUGUGGGUUAUGUGCUGAUCUGUAAAAUACUCUGUCAUCAAGAAGGGCUUUAGAUUUUUCAUUAUAGUCUUCUCGAUUCAUCACGACGGUUGAUCGCCCCUUGACCUCGAAUUCACAGUAUGUACAUUAUUUUCAGUGAACGGCCCCAAUCUCACAUGCCUGACAAUGCCGUUGAGGUCACAUUAAGAAGGGGCCAUUAUAGCUUGGCUCUCAGUCUUCGAGGUACUAUAAACACUCUUUUGAGGGUCGAAUUAUCCUGUCGGUGGACAACCUCCAAAGCCAAGAAUUUUAGCGCGUCGCGAUAGCCUGAGGCAAGUCCGAUUUAUUAAAAAGAGGGAUGUGUUGAUUCAAUUUACGGUGAAGGAUGAAGAGGAGAACCAGCUGGCCUUUGUGGAUGUCUCGUUUGCCGCCAAGAUUGUUGUGGUCUAAAAAAAGUGUUCAGGAAAGUGACAAACAUCAUGCAAGUACUGAAUGUCAACAGUACCCAUCUGAUCAGUCACAAACACAAUUACGUAAGGGCGCUAUACUGGCGCGUUGAGACGCACUGCAGUGAAACGUAAGACAAGGUUGCUGAAUUCCAAUAUCUUCGACGGGUACUGAGAGUCACUGGCUACCCGCACAACUCUGUCAACCAGUGCAUACGUAGACGAAACCAGAAACCAAAUCUAACCGGCCCUAAAUUUUGGCGAGCGCUUCCAUACGUGAGGAAAGUCUCGGAAGCCGUCAGUCGUCUACUCACUCCACUUGGAGUUGGGGUUUCACACGGGCCGGAAGCAAACAUCAGGCACCAAGUCAUGAGGCCGAAAGACCCGCUGCCACGGCAGGAAACGUCUAGAGUCGUUUACCUGAUCUGAUGCAGUUGCGGACAGAGCAACUACGUCGGAGAAAUUGGGAGUUUACUCCGGAUGCGCAUUGCUAAGCACGCAGCGGCGGUGAGGAGGAAAGGCGCCAACCCUCAGGUAGCAGCUCGUUCUACGGAACCCGACCGCAUUUUCAAGUUUCAAGAGGCCGAAAUCCUCACAAGAGCUGACAACCACGUGAGCCGCGAGCUGCUCGCAUCAUGAUUCUCAGGCUCGCAAUCCACCAACAAGCACUAUUGCCCUCCGGCACCAUAUUCAGUGCUGAGACAUUCUUGGAGCAGGGGGAUCACUCACGUAGGAUGGGCGCGGGCAUCCCAGCGGGCCGAAUUGCCGAGUAAUCAUCACGUCAACAUCCAACACGGAGGAUGAAAUUGCGGCAAUUAACAACUCGGAAGCGGACUGACGAGCCAUCAUUGCCUUACUUACGACCCUCAGCGGUGAUCACGAGCGCUGUUACUUAUAGUACGCAUGUGGCCCCACGGCAGCUACGUCUUAUAAACAUUGCAGUCUUUGUGCCUCCACCGCCUUUAUCUGCAACCGUCUCUGGUGAUGGAUUCGAGUGAGAAUCCAAAACGUCAUGCCAAUAAACUUCUUGUCCCAGUGAUCGCAUUUUCUUCUUCUGAACUGUCAUGGAGUUCGCCUGUUCUCUUCUAUUGGCAGUAAACCACCCCUUCGUCUCCAUCGAGGUAAUCUAAAGCCCCGUACUAAAGAGACCAUACCACUGCUCAGGUCAGGUGGAACAACAAUUCGGACAGAAAAAUUUCAAAUUCUGAAAUGCCGGGCCGGGCAGUUCAGACGCGUCCUCUGCCGCUAUCCACAAUCUCUGGCGCCACCUUUCGUUGGUUGCCCCAAGUGGAAACUAAUACCGACAUGGAUCGUCUACCUUCCUUUCCAGAAACAGUCAUAUCCGUGAAACGGAUCACUAGCGGGAAAGCACUGGGGUCGGACGCAGUUGCGGCUCGAGUCUACAAGUAUAGAGGCCUCAGGAUUAUGACAAACUUACAAUGAUGUUCUAGGAGAUGUGACACCAAGAAAAAGUUUUUCAGUAUUUUAGGAAUGCAACAAUCAUCCGUCUCUACAAUCUGAAAGGGAGCCUGCAACAUCAUGACAAUCACAGAGGAAUCCCGCUGAUAACCAUUUCCGGGAGGAUCUUCGUUCGCAUCCUUCUCAGUGUUCUUAACGACCAUCUGAAACAAAUUCCUUCCGGAAAGUGGCUUUCAACAACACUGCGGAACCGCCGAUAUGAGCUUCGCGGCACGGCAACUGCAAGAGAAGUGGCAGGAAAUGCGUACCAACCUCUGUACUACCUUCAUGGACCUGAAAAUACCCUUCAACACAGUGAAUCGCAAUGGGCUCAGGAAUAUAAUGCAGCGAUUCGGUUACCAUGAGCCGAGGUUAUAGGAUAGGAUCUCUGACACUGAGGUCUUGGAAUCCACCCGAAUCGUCAGCAUCCAUUCCAUGCUGGGGCGAAUACAAUCGUAAUGGAGCGUUAGUCUCGUGCUGAUGGAUGACAAGCGAUUCCCAAAGCGACUCUUCUACGGAUGUGUCCUUACGGUUGCUCGCCGACAAGGAGGACACAAAGACACCCGAACGACUCUCUCAAGGGCCCAUAAUUCAACUUGGAAUUCCGGGAUGACCUCUUCCUGGACCGACCAACCUGAAGAAAAGCACUUAAGACUGAAGCAGCAAUCUAUAAGGAUAACACGAUUGCUGCUGCCAAAGCCAAAAUAGCAACUUGCAUGUCUCGAGCGCCUGCGAUCCACAACGUCAACACCUAAGCCCUCUCAAACGGUCCCGCUCUCGAUGAACCCUCAGCGCACAGAUCGACCUCAUCGGACACCUCCGGACACUGUGCAACAACAAUCUAACAUCCCCACCUGCUGCCUCUACAAAUACUCUCAUCGUCACGCCUGCACCAACCCCCAGGGUGUCGACGACGACCAGCCCCACCACCGGUAUUACACUCCUGAUGCCCGCGGCCGUCGAUAAGCGCCACCCACAUCAUCCCUGCUGCAGUCUCCCGCGACAAAGACGACUAAAACUUUUCCCACUACUGCCCCCGAUGAGAACACCCCCGAACCCCGUCGACUACUGCCCUCACUACCAAUACCCCCAUAAUCAGCAAUGGGGUUAAAUUCCAACCUCUCUUUAUCCUGAUCGAACACAUCAUCCCGAUCGUCCACUUGCGAAUCCAUCGCACCGAGACGGAUGAACCAGUGCCAGAGGCCCCGACAUACAUACACUCACUGCAUCCGCCUUCACUGUCCACACUGCUCAUGCACUGCAUGGGCCUGUUCUGCUACAUGUGUAUCCACGACGGCCAAACUCACCGCACUAUCGGCACACCAAGCACACUUUGCAUACCCGACUACUCUUCAAUCUCAGCCCUACCAACCCACCUCCACCGGAGCGGACACCACUAGCAGCAACAUCACAGCCGAGUGUUCAGCUCCUAACCCACCCUGCCUAUAUUGCCACCGCACAUACGUAUCGCGAGUCAGCUCGACUGGUUGCUGGCGAAUCCGUCGUUCAGGAGCUAGCGAACCGGUGCCCGCAGCGCCAACAUACACCCGUCGUCAUCACCUCAGCUGGCCGCAGUGCCCUCGCACACUCAGCCAUCGCAGUGGCCUAUUAG